AUGUUUGAAAUUGUGAAAAACAAGCUAAAGGAGAAAAGUGAGAACUUGCAGGAGCAUCAAAAAGAGCGAAGCAACAGUGACGGAGAAGAAAAUUUUGAGGAAGGUGAGUUCGGAAGAACAAGCAGGAGUUAUAAAAGACAAGAAAAAGGCGUCAGACAAGGAGGAAGUAUUCAGAGCUCGACUAUAUCGAGGAGGAUGACAUCGAAGAACAGGAGGAGCUCACGGAGAGAGGAGAGGACGGAAUCAAAGGAGCGGUCGAGAUCAACGUCGACUGCAGGAAUGGUUGGGCGGAGAUGCCGAUCGAACAAGAGGAAUACCGGUACGUUUGAGAAUACUUUUAACCGGAAUAUGAAUAGAGAGUCCUCGGAGGUUCCAAGGGCAAGUCCUAACUCAAACAGGGGGUUAAGUGAGGUAGUGCAGCUAUUGGUGGAUCACCAAACCUUGUCGGAUAGAAGGUGGAUGGAACAGGAGCGUAGAAACCUGAUAAAAGAACCAGCGCCAUAUGACAAAAAGAGUUAGAAGCGACAGGAAGAACUUUUGAGGAAUUCGUUAGAGAAUUCAAAGCUAAGUACGGAGGUCCGAAUGAAUGUUUGAGCGAAAAAGACAAAAUUACGAUUUUAUAUCAAAAACUGAGAGGAGAGCUGAGAAGAACACUGGAGAGCUUGCCUGAGUACAUAAAAGAUGAGGGGCUUGAGGAAGUUUUACAAGAGUUGCAGUGGCAUGUAGGAGAAAACAAAACGUCCUCAACUGUUGACAAAAUGGAAGCGAUUUUCAACUUGAGACAGCGGAACUUCUCAUCGGUGGAAGAGACCUGCCAAGCAGUAGAAAAGUUAAUAAGGCAGGACCAAGGAGAUAGAAAAAGAUGCGACGAGGAGCGAGCAGGAGCUUUGUGCAUGGUGAUGGGAGACAAAUGGCCAACGACGGAAGUCACCAUGAUAAGAAGCGCCAUGGACGGAGCUAGGCCAGGAGAAGCCUACAAUGAGGCUAGGAGAUGUGCGAUCCAUCUGGAAAAGACAAAGGAAGCGCAAAGGAGAAGCACAGCGACAUGGAGCGCAACAGGAAACAGACGUCAAGAAGAACGAGCGACGAGGAGUUUCAGCGAGCGCGAACGACUACGGAAUGAAGGAGCGUGCUACAGGUGUGGACAACAAGGACAUGUCAUCGCGAGAUGCCCAAGAAGAAGCGGGUACAACACAGAAGAUAGAAGCAGAAGAGGCGACGACCGCCAGACAAGGGAUGACAGAAGGAACAACUACCGAUCGGAAGGGGGAGCUUUCAACAGAACGUUUGGAGGGUUCUCAGGAAACCAGAGGAAUGAGCAGAGGAGAUACAACAACUUCAGCAACGGACAGAGAUUCAGGGACAGCAGCCGAGCACCACCCAGAGGGGGAAGGAACCCCAUGGGAGAGCCAGGAGUGACUCGCGGAGUAAGACUAGCGCAGGUAGUCGACACAACCGGCCCGGUGGCGCGCCGAACCACUGCCUCGCCGACAGAAGAAGUCCGGUUAGACAGACACAGGACUUCAGCAAUCAUCGACUCAGGUGCACAAGUGUCAAUGAUGCCAGAAAGUUUUUUUCCGAGCGAGGAGAGGUUCCCGGACGGGAGAUGAAGACGCGCAGUGAGCCUAAGAUAGGAUUAGUAGGAGUGAACAAUUCUAAAUUAAAAGUCAUAGGAGAAGUAUUAGCCAAGGUGUUCUUUUACAGGUUUAAUGUUGAAAUAGGAGUCCCAAUGUUUGUAGUAGAAGGAAAUGAGGAGCUUAUUUUAGGAAUGAAUGUCAUAGAAGCCAUGAAAGAACAUCAUGGAGUGAAUCUAAUUAGUAUAGAAAAAGGAAAAAACAAAGUGAAAUUGUUAGAAAAGGUGAUCUUGAAACCAGGAGAAGAAAAAUUGGUCAAAAUCAAGGGGGCGCCGGUAGGCACGGGUGCUCUAUGGGGAUCUGACUCAGGAGUCCUGGACCAAAUAGUGACAACUAAAGAAGGAGAAGUAUCGGAAAUUACUUUGAGUAAUACGAGUAAAGAUAUAAGAAUUUGGAAACCUAAUCAAGAACUAGGAGAAAUUGAACCAGUAAGAAUUACUAGUAUUCAAGGCGAAGAAAACUUGAUGGAGUUCGAACAGAUGUGGAGCGGAGAGCAAGUAGGAGAAAUCUUAACUCACUUGGAAGAGGUCAGAGGUGCAGCUUUGCCAAGGGACGUGGAAGGACUGGUGAAGGCGUUCGCAGAUGUCUUUGCGAAGGACGAACUGGACCUGAAACAAACAAGAAUGUUUAAUCAUGAAAUCGAAAUGAUAGACCCAACGCCUAUAAGACAAAAAACUAGACACGUACCACUGGGGUUACGCAAGGAGUUUAGGAAAACUAUUGAUAAUAUGUUAGAAAAAGGAGUAAUUGAGUCAAGUAAGUCACCAUGGGCCUCGCCAGUAGUCUUAGUAAGGAAAAAAGAUGGCACCAUCAGAAUAUGCAUAGAUUUUAGGGAGGUGAAUAAAAAAAUAAAGCAAGAUUCCUAUCCGUUACCUAGGAUGGAAGGAAUUCUGCAGGAGUUAGGCGGUAGAAAAUUUUUCUCAACCCUAGAUAUGCUAUCAGGAUAUUGGCAGAUACCACUGACUGAAGGAGCGAAGGAGAAAACAGCAUUUACGUCAUCAGAAGGUUUAUUUCAAUUUAACGUACUACCUUUUGGGUUAGCAACUUCUCCGCCAACGUUUCAGCGAACUAUGGAAAUUGUAUUGGAGGAAGUAUUACGAGAAGGAGAUGUUCAUGUGUACAUUGACGAUAUAAUAAUAGCCUCUAAAAGUAGAAAGGAGCACUUAGUGACGUUGGAAAAAGUUCUAGAAGCACUAAGGAGAUCAGGCUUAUCACUCAAAGCGGAUAAAUGUAAAUUGUUGAUGGAGAGAGUAGCAUUCUUAGGACACGUGGUAGACGCGGAAGGAGUGUCGACCGAUCCGGAGAAGAUAAGAGCCAUCAAAGAGUUUCCUAAGCCAUCAAAAAGAGACGAAAUGAGAUCUUUUCUAGGCUUAUGUGCAUAUUAUAGAAAAUUCAUAUUUAAGUUUGGAUCUAUCUGUAAAUGCCUUUACGAAAUGACAAGUGAAAAGUCGGAGUUCGAAUGGACGACAGAAAGAAUAGAAGCUUUUGAAAAAAUAAAAGGAGAGUUAGCUAAGGCGCCGGUCCUAGCGCAACCAGAUCUGAGAGGAGCAGAAUCAGGAGAGAAGCCUUUUAUUAUAUUCACGGACGCUAGCAGAAAAGGGCUAGGAGGAGUAUUAUGUCAAGAAGGAGAAGAUAAAAUCUUGCAUCCAAUUUCUUUUACAUCUAGGAGCCUUUCAGCGGCGGAAUCAAAAUAUGCGAUUACGGAAUUAGAAGCGCUUGCAGUGGUCCACGCCAUAAAAAAAUUCCACCAUUUUAUUUUCGGUUUAGGAGCAACAGUACGAACGGACCAUCAACCUUUGUUAACAUUCUUUAAAAAAGGAGAACUAAGCCCAAAGAUAAUGCGCUGGGCAUUAGAAAUUCAACGCUACCAGAUAAAAAUGGAAUACUUGAAAGGAAAGGCAAAUGUUGUAGCAGACGCUUUAUCGAGAGGUGUAGUUUCGCAAAAAGAGAUAAAAACUGAAAUAGGAGAACUAGAAGUAGUAGUAGGAGCCGUAACAUUGGAGCGAGAAGAUUCAGGAGAAAAUUGGAUAGAGGAGCUAGAAAAGGAACCAGAAUGGAAAGAGGUACUAGAAGCUAUCAGAGGUAAAAACCAGUCAUUUUCUAUUAAGCUUCCAGGCGUUGAAAAAGACCUAAUGAUCCAAAAUUUUGAAAUAAUAAAUAAAAAACUAUGGAUUUGCAAUGGCAAGGAAGUAGGAAUCCUAGUAGUGCCAGAAAGAUUCAGGAGAAACACCUUUAGAAGGUACCAUUCAGGAGUUUUUGGACUACAUGUAGGGUCCGGAAAAAUUCUAACGUUGAUGAAGAAAGAUGUUUAUUGGAUAACUAUGGCUAAAGACGUAAAAUCGUGGACAAAAGAGUGUCAAGGAUGUUUUCUGGCGAAUCCACAUCUACGCUUGACGCCGCCACUAAAGCCAAUCAUCACGAGUUAUCCGCUUCAAUUAGUAGGAGUAGACAUCGCGGAAGUAGGUUUGAGCCGCGAUGGAAAUCGCUACAUAUUAGUUAUGAUAGACGCUUUCACUAAAUGGACGGCAGCUUAUCCUAUCAAAGACAAAUCGGCAAAAACUGUCGCUAAAUUAAUCAUAGAGAGAUGGAUAGGAGAAGCAGGAUUAUUCCCUAAAGUUUUACACUCAGAUAGAGGGAGAGAAUUUGAAAAUUCAUUGCUAGAGGAGCUAGGUAAACAACUGGGAGUAAAGUUUUCGUCAACUAAAGGCUAUAAUCCGCGAGAAAACGGAAUAACGGAGCGAGUUAUAGGAACUAUUUUGAGAGCGCUAAAGAAAAGGCAAGGAGAUCCGGAAGCUUGGGAUGUCGCGUUACCUCUAGUAGUUCAAGCGUACAACGCGACACCUCAUGAAGCCACAGGAGAAUCACCUUUCUUCUUAAUGCAUGGUUUCGAUAAAGGGUUACCGUUAGAACUAACUCAAGAACGGCCAGGAGUUUGGUUAGCGGAAAAUUUGGAGGACUACCGCACUCAAGUGACGUUAGGGCUUCGAUUAGCUAGAGAAUUAGCGAAUGAAAGACUAGAAAAGGAGAGAUUAAAAAUGAAAAAAUAUUACGACGCUAAAAAUAGAGUGGAAAAUAAGGAGUAUCCAAAACUAGGAGACAGAGUAUUCGUCAAACUACCCGCAGAAAGGAGAACGUCUAAACUUAGAAAGCUUUUGCCGGAUAUGGCAGGGCCAUACAGAGUUAUCGAGGCCUCGCAAAAUUCGGUAUUAGUAUCAAAAAUAGGGAAAAAUGAGGAGCCACUAAGGUUACCUAUGGACGGAGUAAUCAAAGUUCCACUAGAGUUAGGAGAUGAACAAAUAUCUACAAAAAAACUAGGAGAGAACCUCCGAGAAAAAAAGAAACUAAAAAAAUAUAUAAAAUAUAAUAAUAGUAAAAUAAACCUUUUUUUCAGAGAAGUUGAUCUUUUGGACUUCGUCAAGACGUCCUACGGUUGUGAGAGAGGAGCAGUGUCCAUCGAUAUGGACCGGGAGCCCCUUUGGUCGUUCUGCCAAGGAGGCCACACGCUGGCCGAUUACGUGGCAAAUGCUGGAGACGAAGGGAUCCGACCUGUAAACAAUCCAAGGCAAUUAGCAAACUGCAUGACGAUAUUGGCUAACAAAGCGAUAGACGUGCGAGAAAGAUGGAGAUCCAUGGAACAUAUGAACGACGAAAUCACGACGAUACCAAUAUUGUGUGAAUCGUUUGCGCGAUUUGCCUACGGAUGUGAGCGGUGGAAAACGGUACUCAAGAACCUGGAGAUGUGUGAGAAUAAAUUAAAAGGGAGACAGCUCUGGAUGGUGCUAAAAGAAGCGAAGCGAAUGGGAGAACCGGCAGCAAGAUGGAGAAUCCCACCAAAAGAACCUAAGCGAGGAACCAUUUUAUAUCCAGUGCGAUAUGGAAGUCCGAAACUAUUUCAUCAUACGUGGUACGAACUGCGAAACAUAAGUUCUCUGGAGGAGAUUGUGAGAAAAGUGGAGGCGAUGAGAAGGGAUCCUGUCAAGCCGGACUUGAUAGUCCUUCUGAUAGACGACUCGAUGACGGAUUUGAUCGCAUACGGGAACAAACUAUUGGAGAAGGCAGCAGAAUGGAGGCAAGAAGGAGUAACUUUGGUACUCGCAGCAGGCUUUCCAGUCGAGGGGCGAUACCGAAACGUGUUUCGCUUCGGACAAGAACUCCAAAGAGAGUGGACACGAGAAACAGCUUGGUUCCCGGACAAUGAGGAGGCGCAAGCAGUGCGGCAAUUUGGAUGCGGACUAGCAGGAGGAGUGCGAACACAACUACAAGGAGGGAGAGUGGAAGUCAGACAAGUCACACUACUGUUCGAGAUGCUGGACAGAAACCUGAACGAAAAAGAGUUGCCGAGAUGCGAUCUAAAAGCACGCCAAGGAGAAAGGUUGGUUAAUAUAAAUAAACGGCUGGGACAGCCUGUUAGCGGAGAGGGGCAUGUAGUGAAGAGACGGAGUAAUUAAAUUAAAAAAACUAGGAGAAGGAGAAAAAUUAUAAAAUAAAAAAAGAUAAUAAUUUAACUUAAUUCAAAUAAGAGUCAAAAUAGGCGCGGAGUGAAAGUAUGAAUUGAAUAAGAAUUUUAAAAAAAGUUUUGAAGCAAAGGAGUGAUUAAUACUAGUAAAAGAAAUAAGUUAAAAAAAAAAAAAGGAGAAAGGAGAUCAAAAGAACAAAAUUUAGGAGUUACUGGUCAAAUCGAGCGGCAAGUGUACAGGGACACUGCUGAGGGCGGGAGAAAACACGCCAUGACGCACUACGCAACUCGCUGGCGGAUUCUUGGUGGCCUAAAUUGGCUCGCGGCGGCGGGCUCAAUCGUUUUCUUCUGGCUAUCCCAAAAAUCGGGGAUGAUUUAG